AUGAACGCAACCAAGAUCCUCCAGGCUGGCCGCCAGCCCAUGAUCCGCUUCUUGGGCAAGCGCACCACGCCUUCUCAGGUCGACCACACGCCCCAGGCCCACCCAGCCUCCCCAACUCACUCCCUCCCCGAGUCCUUCGCCAGCUACCGCCAGAAGGCACAGCAGCACGGCCCUCUGAACCAGUCCAGGGACUACUCCAGCGGUAUUGGCAGCACGCCUGGCUCGGCCCUUGGCCCUGUUGAGGCCGGCAACGGCCUCUUCUUCGACCGCUCUGAGCUUCCCACGCGCUUCCAGCGCCUAUCGUGGUCUCAGGCUGAGAUUGAUGCUAUCGAGUCUGGCGGUGCCAGCCAGUUCGCAUAG